AAACAAAACACCUCUCCAUAAGGCAGGAGAGCAGGCUGUCUGGAAACCAGAAGCAGGCCCAAAUGGGCAGGUCUUGACCUCCCAGUGUCUGUGUUGUUAGGAUCUCAGCUGUUUUCUUCAUCUAAAAGCCACUUCUUGGUUGCUUUCAAAAUAGGGGCAUCAACUACUAGACUCCACACUGAGCACAGAGUAGUUAAAAUAAAUCCUUCUGCCAUGUUCAAAAUAUGGUUUGGGGGUGGUGGUGAAAGCAUUCAAUUGAAUGGAAGCAUUCAAGUGAUAAGCCAAUGUUAUCUGUGGGGAGGACCAUAGCUUUCCUUACAACUGGUUGCCAGACUUAUACCCAAUAUAAAGUAAAUAUAGCAGAGAGGUAUGUAGUUAUCAUUUAUCCCUCGAAGAGCCAGAUUUGUGUCCUGUUUCCGGGUCUGUCCUGCUGUGGAGUAUAGUGAAAACAACAACGUUUGGAAAUAAAGGGCCUGGCUUUGGUCUUACGCCAGGACCAGACCAGGACCACUGCCAGUUCUGUGCAUUGUCCUUCAGGGUACAGUGUGCCACGAAUGGCUGGACUUUUAAGUAUGAACUACACUGAAGAUUAACAGAUGGCACGUAGCAAGUAUUUUAGUUGAUUUUUUAUGAAAAUCUUACUUUACACCAAUGUUAACGCGGAGGACUACGACCUCAAUGCACAGAAACAUCCUACUUACGCUCAGCCCUCUGGGAAAACGUGUGAAACGCGUCCAGCGAGAUCAUCAGUCAACCAGUGGUCGCCGCGCCCUGUUAGCCCCACCCCUACCCAUGCCCCGCGUCCUUCCUAUUGGUUCCUUUGCCUGCGUUCUGUUGCCGUGGAGACCAGGGCUAUGGCAACCAGGAGAAGCCAAACUUGGUCCUUCCUCUGGAACCGCGGAGGGAUCCCGGCUGGUGGCGGGAUUCGUCGCGGCGUUCAUGGCGCUGUACGAGCUGUUCUCUCACCCUAUCGAGCGCGGUUACCGCGCAGGGCUCUGCUCCAAGGCCGCGGUGUUCCUGCUGCUGGCCGCCGCGCUCACGUACAUCCCGCCGCUGCUGGUGGCCUUCCGCAGCCAUGGGUUUUGGCUGAAGCGGAGCAGCUACGAGGAGCAGCCCACCGUGCGCUUCCAGCACCAGGUACUGCUCGUCGUCCUGCUGGGCUCCGAGCGCGGCGGGUUCCUGGCCUGGAGCACGUUCCCCGCCUUCAACCGGCUGCAGCGGGAUCACCUGCGCGUCCCGCUCGUUUCGACUAGAGAAGAAGACAGGAACCAGGACGGGAAAAUGGACGUGUUACAUUUUAAACUGGAGCUUCCCCUGCAGUCCACGGAGCACGUUCUUGGUGUGCAGCUCCUCUUGACUUUCUCCUACCAGUUGCACAGGAUGUCGACAUUCGUGAUGCAGAGCAUGGCGUUUCUCCAGUCUUCCUUUGCUGUUCCGGGGUCCCAGUUAUAUGUGAAUGGAGACCUGAGGCUGCAGCAGAGGCAGCCCCUAAGCUACUGUGGCCUGGAUAUUCGCUACAACGUGUCUGUCAUCAACGGGACCAGCCCCUUUGCCCGGGACUACGACCUCACCCACAUUGUUGCUGCCUACCAGGAGAGGAAUGUAACCACCAUCCUGACUGACCCCAAUCCCAUCUGGCUGGUGGGAAGGGCGGCUGAAGCUCCAUUUGUGAUUAAUGCUAUCAUCAGAUACCCCGUGGAAGUCAUUUCUUAUCUACCAGGAUUCUGGGAAAUGAUAAAGUUUGCCUGGAUCCAGUAUGUCAGUAUCCUGCUUAUCUUCCUCUGGUUGUUUGAAAGAAUCAAAAGAUUUGUGUUUCAAAAUCAGGUGGUGAUCACAAUCCCUGUAACAGCAGUGCCCCGGGGAGAACUGUAUAAAGAGCACUUCUCCUAA